ACGAGUCGAGUCGGCAUGCUACGUUUAGGUGACACAACCUACAGUCGCCUGCGUCAGAGUCCGCUCAAGGCUGAUCUCCCAUGAGAGCAACAUGAAGAUUGGAUACUCUAAGCGACUGGUCGUUUUGUCUACACACUCGACAUCGGAGUUGUAUAAAUAUCGGUAGCUUUGCCAUGGACUCAUGAUUAUCAUUCAAGUCUUUCAUCCACUUUAUUCUCCCAGCCUUAUCAUCGCGACUUUCGAUCAUGGCUCCCGUGGCGUUGAAAGAUUUCCUCAAACAAUCGUUCGAAAAGCCGAGAGGCGAGGUCGAUGAUGAUGAUGAUGACAAGAAGACGACUAGGAAAAAGCCCUGGACAUCAUCAUUUCCAGUACUCGAGAGGGAGUUUUACCCGCUCGAGUCGAACGUUCUGGACAAGUUCUUUGACGACGUGCAAGAUCGCGCUGAAGGGCGCCUCGAGGGGAAGACAUUGGACUUCCAAUCGCAUGCUUCAUGCGUUUCGAACGAGGGCGAAGCCGAGGUGCACUUCACCGAAAACAUCGUCAUGCCGCUGAAGAGGGCCUUCCACAACGUACCGCGACUGUGGUUCCGGUGCCAACGCUCCGUCCCCAAUCCUGAUGUACCACGCAAGAGCAACCCCGAUGUGGACUCCAAGGUCAUUGUGGACUGGACAAUCAGGUAUCAUGACCUGGAACGAGAAAAUAUCUGCGUUGGAGAGGUCAAACGCCCUACUGUGAUCGACCCGGAAGCAUGGAAGCCUGGUGCAAAGAAAUCCGUCGCGGUCAUGAACUUGUGGCGUGAACUGGCAGGCUACGCCCAUUACUACCAUGUCAAAAGCGCCUUUUGUUACGAUUCGCACAACCUCCUCAUCCUGCGCUGGGAAGGAGAUGUGAAGACUAGCAACACAAAAGUAUUGCUCAUCCCAGUCGGUCGUGAGGGUCCCAGCAUCCGGAAGGCCAUGUACCGUCUCCUCUAUAAGUGUCUUACCGAGACUCUUGUGCCGGGACAUUCUGUAGGGACCGGUCAAACGGGGCAGUCCAGCAGCUUAACAACCUUGGAAUAAGAUUCAGCUGUCCUUCUACUCUGCUUCCUCUGCCUGAUAUAAUUCGAUCAACGUGGCUUCACAUCAGAAGCCGCUUCUGUGCGUAUAAGA